CUGGGCACACGGAGUUUUAAACGAAGCAAAGCUUAACCGAGUGUCCUGCUUCUUUAAGAAAGCCCAUUCGCUGAUCUGACUGAACUGUCUGACUACGGUCUUUUGGUUGUCUGGCUGUAUUUCGACAAAACUUUUUUUUUUCUUGCUGUCCAAAAGUCUGGACACGGUGUUACCAGUAACACCCACCACCACCACCACCACCCCUCCCCCCCCACCGCUUGUCUGAUUACAUCCAGUAAUUCUCGUCUGAAUGAACGUCAUUUACAAUAGUAGGGGAGCGCUCGCUGGCCGCUUCACGCUCGAUUUGCCACCAUUCUUCCUUUAAGUAUUCGAGUAAUAUUAAUAGUCAUGAAUAUCAAUUAUUAUGAGGCGGUAUAGAGUGGCAGAGAGGGAUGUGAACAGUUACCAUCUUGCUUUGGAUAGGGGAGCACUGCUUGUGAAGUUGGAGUUUAAAAAAUCUACAGUAUUUGUCUUUUUUUUGAGCGAUUUUGAUGGAUAUAGUGUUGGAGAUACUUCAGGCUAUCGGGCGUCUCUCCCUGCAGUCUCUCUGCGUUUCUGGUUGAAUUGUCUGUGAUCAGAUUUACUACAGAUGUUAGUCCACACUUACACAGCUAUGGACCGACACGAUGGAGUUAACAGCCACAGUUCGAGGCUGUCCCAACUCGGGUCGGUCUCCCAGGGACAUUAUUCCACCGCUCCGCCGCUUUCUCACACCCCAACGUCGGACUUCCAACCACCUUAUUUCCCUCCACCUUACCAACCUCUGCCAUAUCACCAGAGCCAGGAUCCUUAUACACACGUCAACGAUCCCUAUUCCCUGAACGCCCUACACCAACCCCAGCAGCAUCCCUGGCAGCAAAGGCAGCGGCAGGACGUGGGCGCAGAAUCCAGCCUUUUACAUCAGCCCCGGGUUCUGCCCCAGAUCACAGGGUUGGACCCUCGCCGGGAUUACCCCGGCGUGCGGCGGCCAGACGUGCUUGUCCACUCUGCUCAUGGACUGGAUUCGGGAAUGGGAGACAGUCUAUCUCUACAUGGAAUCAGCCAUCAAGGGAUGGAAGAAAUCCAGGCUUUGGAUGACACGGGUACAACUGGCAUGAGUUUAUUGGACCAAUCCGUCAUUAAAAAGGGAGGAUGGGUGAAAGUGAAUUCAGAAUGGCAACCUUUAUCAAUCCCACUUCCACAGAAGAAUAUCACAUCCUUGAUGAUGAACAAAGACAAUCUACUUGGCGGAAUUGCUAAUCACAAUGAGGUGUUCUGCUCUGUGCCAGGACGCCUGUCCCUCCUUAGUUCCACAUCCAAGUACAAGGUGACUGUAGGAGAAGUCCAGAGACGCCUGUCCCCACCAGAAUGCCUGAACGCCUCGCUGCUGGGAGGAGUGCUGAGAAGAGCCAAGUCGAAAAAUGGUGGAAGGUCGUUAAGAGAAAAGCUGGAGAAAAUCGGAUUAAAUUUACCCGCAGGCAGACGUAAAGCUGCAAAUGUCACUUUACUAACCUCACUAGUAGAAGGAGAGGCCGUGCAUUUAGCUCGGGAUUUCGGGUAUAUCUGUGAGACGGAAUUCCCAGCCAAAGCUGCAGCUGACUAUUUGAACAGGCAGCACACAGACCCUAGCGAGCUGCACUCCAGAAAGAACAUGAUACUGGCCACAAAGCAACUUUGCAAAGAAUUCACAGAUCUGCUGGCACAGGACAGGACUCCUUUGGGGAACACCAGGCCCAACCCGAUACUGGACCCAGGCAUCCAGAGCUGUUUGACUCACUUUAGCCUCAUUACGCAUGGUUUUGGCUCUCCUGCCAUUUGUGCUGCUCUCACAGCUGUCCAGAACUACCUGACGGAAGCAUUAAAGGGACUGGACAAGAUGUUCUUAAACAACAACCCAAAUAGACACACAUCUGGAGGGGAGGCGGGCACCAAAACUGGAGACAAGGAGGAAAAGAACAGGAAAUGAGAAACAUUCCUCCAAACUUUUUAUUUUCUGUAGCUUUAUAUAAAAAUAAAUCUUCUAUUAACUUGGAAACAACCACGCACACGUAAAGGAGCAACACUGGGUCAACUGUUUGCGACCAUUAUGGACCUGGAUGCAAGGCUUCAUGAUCAUUUUUAUUGGUAUUUGUCCAAUUUUGCAACACUUUUACUUCCAUUUUAUGUCAGAAUGGCGGGUGAUUGCAAGAUUCACCUGGGUGACAGCAAAUUGAUUUUUCAUUAUCAAAAUUCUUUGAUCCACGCUCAUUCCAGGUCUGAUUUUUGUGCACAGUUCUGCGUGUUACGAGGAUGGAAACAUUCCACCAUAAAGAAAAUGACUAUCAGGUAACAUGGAAGCUUAAUAGUAACCGCCCCCCUUCAUUUGAGAACAUUAGCUUUAAUAUAGGUCUAAUGGUUUGCACACAGAUUCCAACACACGGUGACAAUAGUUACGUGUACCUGCUCAUUUUAACCCCAAGCACAAACUGGCAGUCCGAGGCAUGGCUGCCCAUAAUCUCCCACACGACAUGAAUCUAAACGGAGCCCUAUCGAGAUAAUUAUUCACCCUGGAUUGCAGUUGUCAGUUCAAGUUCAAGGUGAACACUGGUACAUGCAAACAGAAACAAAAAAACAACUGCGAGAAAGGUCUAGCCAGCCAGAAAGCAUGUUUAUUUCAAAGAGACAAUUUGGAAUCCGACUGAGAUUGGGAGAAGGAAAUAGAAAUAGACAGAGUUCCCCUAAUAUAGCAUCUUCAUUUUAAUUCUUGAUAUUGUUAAAUUUGGCCGAUCCUCUCAAUAAAUGUUCUGCUUUUGGCAGCAGCUGCUUAACUACAGAAUAAAAUCAGGUAACUCCCCUUCACAACUCAUUGGCAUUUUGUUUGGUCUUGUUUCUGAUGUAUGUUUUCCUUUUUAAAUUAACCUCAUCUUUUGGGGGACUGGACCAUGCAAUUUUAAACUUAGAUGAGCCAGCAAGAUCUCUACCCAAACCAAAACACCUUUGACCUCAGCUGCUGGGCAAUUUGCUUCUUACGAGUUUAGACAGAGGUCGCCAAUGAACAUACCAAGGCUCACUAGUAUCCCACCGAGUGACCCAUUGGAGGACGGGUGGUGUUUAAUUAUAGAUGUAAGUUUUCAGCAGCAAACAAGGCCACAUACUGAAAGCUAGGUCUUAGGUCACGAAGAAAUGCAUAAACCACCAAGCGACCAGAAUCGUUUUGUUUGUCAUCAAUUCAGGAGAAUAAAUCAUAAAUAUUUGCAAAUAAGAAAAUACAUUGCAGAAAUGUCCAAAUUCCUUAAAUAUAUUGUCCUGGUAUAUAUGCUUGACAUUAUAAAUUAAAAAAAAACUUAAAGAUUACACAUACUUAUUAGUUACUCACCAUUAAAAUUACGUCCCGCCACAUUAUUUUCAUUCAAAUGUACAUCGAAAAAUAUACGAGGAAAUAAUACAUAUUAAAAACAGUUGAUAGGCUGUUGCAUGUUAGAAGACACGCUGUUCUUUAAACCGUGCAUUGGGGAUAACAUGUACAUUCCUGCCAAUGGGUUUUCGGAGGUUCUGGGGUUCGCAAACUACAAGGGUGUUUUUUUUUAUUAUUUCAAAACUAAAUCUUGUUUCUUAUACUGUGCUCGUUACCUCCGUGUUCCUGGAAGGUUUAUGAAACUGUCCUCACUACUGGGAGAUAUUUAUCCACGUGAACACAUUUCAGAUUUCUUCUCAUCGAUUUUAUUUCAUUGAAAAUUCGCCACGAUCACUUAAUCCCACUGGCUGAAGAUUUUUUUUAAAGCAAAGCCAAUCAAGGAUUCAAGGAAAGCGAUGUAAUAAUUAUGGAGUGCUUGUAUGCAUGUAUGUGCGUCCGUGUGAUUGUUGGUGAGGAGAAUUGGUGGUGAUUGCCGUGAAGACAGCAGCUUUCCCAUAAUUAAUAAAACAAUCGUGUGACACACAUUAUAGGGAACCUAGUUGUCCUUCUUUGAUCCCAGUUUGCUGUUCUGAUAUUCCAGCUGGGCACGUUUAUUGUGCGUAGUCAAUUGAAAUGAUGGUCCAUUUCGAAACCGAUGCAUUGUUGUAAGAUAUUCAGCAAUUUAGACCAUAUGGCGGUUAUAACUAUCACGGACACUGCUUAUUGUGAGCAUUGGGUUAUUUCUCGUGGGCUCAUCUUGAAAACCAUCUACUUCCGUCGUGUAUCUGUGAUUGUCCGUGCAAUAAUCUUUCCUUAGUACUUCUCAUAGAAUUAUAAAGUCCUUUUAAAUGAACCAUUUAAAAAAAAAUAAUAAAUCACUGAGACGUUACAUAGAAUUCAACGCUCCUUUGAGAACGAGCUUCCUUUUCACAUGUUUCCCACUAU